AUGGACGAGCCGUCGCCGCCGGCACGGUGGCACUGCGACGUGUGCGAGGGGGCCACGUUCGGGAGCGCCCAGGAGAAGGCGCGCCACUUCGUCAGCAAACGACACGCCAUCUGCCUCGACAACCGGCACAAGGCCGACCACCGCCACCAGCUGCUACAUGGCGGAGGUGGAGGGGGAGGUGGUGGCCACGGGACGUCCAAGGGGGGCAAGACAAAGGAGGAGGCCGAGCGGGCCAAGGAGAUGGUGGCGCUGCUCAAGGCCCAGCGGGCCGCAGCCAACGAGCUGCACGCGAGGCAGGAGGCCAUGCUCGUGCGGCUGCAGCUCCUCGACGAGGCCCUGAACAACUGCGAGCGACGGAUCGCAGAGAAGGGCAUCGCCAAUGAAGAAGACGAUGAGCGAGGAGCAUGGAGCGAGAAGAAGCAGAAGCUGUUCAUGGGGCGAAUCUAUGGGGUGCUCUCCGCCCACGGCAUCGAACCAGACCAAGUGCUGAAUGUGUACAGGUGGGGCUCCAGAUGGUGGGGCCACUACUCGCCGCGAUCAGACUACGACUUCAUUGUUCUGGUGCGGGACUGGGACCAGCCGUCCACCCAGAACGUCCUCGAAGGGGAGGAAAUCGACAUGGCCGUGUACGACGUCAACAUCUUCCAACAACUCAUCAACCAGCACGUGCCCUGGACCUGCGUGUUUCUCUCGCACCCGCCCGAGGGCAUUCUGCUCGAACGCCACAAGCUGCACUGGGAGUUUCGAGCUCACAAGUGGCUCGGUGGUGUUCGGAAGAACAUGUUCAAGAACUACAACAUAGCCAAGCAGUAUUGGCAGUACGGGGAGAUCAAGCGGUCCAAGAAGCGCUUCAUCUACGUGGUCAAGCACUGGGCGCUCUCCCUGCAGAUGGCCAAGACCCAAAAGGUGACGGACAGGCAUGUGGUCAACGACCUGGCGUUGUCGCUCAUGAGCAUGCACUUCCCCAACUGGAAGGCGUUCCACCAGUGGUACCGCGAGUACGCCGACGCGGUGGAGACCGCGCUUAAGGAGCUCACCCAGUCCUACAAGCAAUUCGAGCUCGACUGGUGGCAACAGGCCAACGCCACGCCCGAGGACUCGGGUGACGAUCACCGCUUGGUCGCGGUUAGCUACGUCAACCAGAACGGCUUCGGCGAGCUGGUCAAGAAUCUCGAUGUCAACGUCGAGUUGGUGAACGACAGCGGCGAGGUGAGCGCAGUGGGCGGCAACGAUAUCGACAAAAUUGUGGCGGGCGAUGGCACCGAGGAGCUCAUGGUGCUGUCGAGCGACAAGGUGGGCUCGCCGGCGAGCUCGCGCAUCACGUUCGAGUGCCACGGCGGGCUCGUGUUGGCCCGAAGCUGCAGCCCGGGCGCCAGAGGCUCACCAUCGUGGCGGCCCAUCGCCCAGGCCUUCCCGCGCUACCGACAUCUCUAUCCGUUCCACGGCAGCGACAAGAAGAGAGUGGAGGAGGACGAGGUGUGGACCAUCAUCAAGGCCAAGCAGGUCGGCAUCGAAGACCUGAGUGACAUUGACUGGUCUUCUGCCGAGGCACGGGAAAUGAUCGACGGGCAUCUGGGCCUGCUCUUCUACCACAGCGGCAAGUGGUGCGUCCAGAUGAAGACCAGGAAGGACACCAGCCGAGAAGAUCUGAUGAAGGAGUUCUGGCGCCUGCAGUUCCCACGCUUCAUGAAGUACAAGGAAGAUGCGCUGGUCCUGGUGGGUGUGCGCGACUUCGGCUCUUCUCCCCUCGGCCGGGAAGUCAACCUCGACCAUGCCCUCGCCAGUCAAUCGUCAGCCGGCGCAGCCUCCACCGCAUUUUGCUCGAACGGUGAAGGCAGCCACGACAACGCCGCCACCGCCGUUGGCUGGCGCACGCCACAGCGCUUCCCGAAUCUCCGCGAUCAGGAGUCGAUGGUGCGCAAGGUGCGCAGGCAGUCGCCGCUAUCGUUCAAGGGCCUCGUCAUUAGCGACCGCGCGCCCCAGUCCGUGACAACGUCGACGCCUUGGCCAUGA